AUGUUGUUCCUCCUCUGCGUCUAUAUGCUGGUCAAAGCUGCCGUAGACGCUCUUCCCGAAGGCCCACCUGUGCCAGCCGGCGUGAAGAUCCGCUAUGCCGGAACAGCGGACAUCAGGCAGUUGAGUCGUUCCGAUCGCGGCCACCGCGUGCUCAGCAAUGUUGAGCUCCCCUACGUGCUCAUUGUCCGGCUCACAAGUGGGAGAUAUGUUGUUCUCGUCUCGCCGGAUGCAAUACUUCCCGUUCCACGCAUUAUGGUGCUGUCAGGCAGUACGGUGUACAUCGUCUCAGAGCUUGAGUUAACGGUCCGCUGGGCCCACUCCACUGGCGAUACCUUGAAUUGGUUUGAAGCAAGGAUCCCGGGCCCCUGGAUUGAACCAUUCGAGGAGUUCGCCGGCUGCUUCCUAAUGAACUACGAAUUUGCCCCGCGCGACACCGGCGUCGAUGAUGGAACCGACGCGUAUGAGAUCACGCACGUCUACAAUCGAUUCGAAGGUUGUUAUUCUCGUAGCGAUGUAGCACGCGAAUCCUUUCCUCUCCACAUCCGAGCUACAUGUAUAUGGUCUCAUCGCCCCGACUUUUGGACAAGGAUACGUCGUCAUCCGUCGCAGCGACACAGCGCCCACUGGGCGGAGAAGUGUUGUAGGGCGCUGCAGUACUGCACAGACGAGCGCAGGAGUCGCGGGAGCUCGUGGAGGAGUACAUGGGGGAUGAAGGAGAUCGGCAACCUCAAUUUGUACUAUCAGCACCUGCAACACUUCAUCGAGCAUGCGGUUAACCAGGUUGAGUACUCGUUGAUGACGCAAGCUGAGCACAACACCACCUCCUAUAUUGUCCGAGGGCAGAGCUACGUAGGCGAGAUGGAGCUCCCUCGUGGCAGGCGUGGCACCUCGUGCGGUAUUGCGACCGUCAUACAGCAACAACUUGAUGAGUAG